AUGUCCGAAAAUGUGGAGUCGUUUGAGCCCAAAACACUUCAAUUCAUAUGCACCCAGACUGAUUUCUUUCUGAAAGGCAUCAGAAGUGUGUUAAAAUGUAACAGAUCAUCUGGAAAAUUAUGUUUGGCGUCACAUUCAGGUAUUUUUUUAAGUACAAUGGUUCAGUGUUGAGGGUUUUUCUAAACGAAAGCUUGGCAAUAAAUUGAAAUUUUCUGUUUUAGAGCUAGCGGAUGUGGAUUCUUUGAAUGUGCUGGGAACAUUCUGUGGGUUCUUUGGUCGUCUGGAGUGUGAUGAUGGAUCCUAUCUGCUGCUGAUAUCACAAUCGUCAAAAAUUGGACAUGUUGGCCCAUCUGAAUCUCCUGUUUUUCGGAUAGAUCGACUGGUUGCGAUCCCCAUUGUUGAUGAUGGGUCGUUAUCUCCGGCGUGCCUUGAAAAUGAUACAGGAUUUGAUCGUUUAAAGAACCAGCAGAAGAGGUUGUUUAAGUUUGUGACCAGGAACAGCACCAGCAGUCGGCUGAUUGAUGAAGUUCUCAAGCUUGUCAAUGUCUCGGCCAGUUUCUAUUACACUGAAGAACACGAUCUUACUUUGAGGACUCAAAGGUAUUAUUAGUCUUACGAUAAUUCAUUGUUUUAGACAUUCCAAGAAUCCGUUGGAUUCUGCAAACGAAUUUUUUUGGAAUCGAAAUCUUCUGAGCGAUUUCUUCGAUGAAAAUGGGAAACAACUCGGAAAAACCGAGGAAUGGUAGGUGAAUUUACUUCUUGUUAUUGAGUUUUAGGGUCCUUCGGAUAAUCCAUGGCUAUUUCGAGCAGAAGUUUUUGUCUUAUGAGACGGAAUCCCAACUAAGAUUGACUUUAAUCUCGAGGAGAUCUGUGAACCGAGCAGGCUGCAGAUAUCUGCGGAGAGGAGUGGACGGUGAGGGAAAUGUGGCCAAUUUUGUGGAAACAGAAAUGAUGCUCAAUAUAUUCGGACAUACGUUGUCCUUUGUUCAGGUGUUUUUUCGUAUUUAAUUUUUUAAAUAUUGUUUUAGAUACGUGGUUCGAUCCCAAUUUAUUGGAGUCAAAGAGGGUAUAGGUAUCGUCCGCCAUUGUCCAUCGAAAAGAGCUUGGCAGAAUCUUUGCCUGCUUGUGAGAAGCAUUUUAACUACCUAAAGAAAGCGUACGGAACUCCAAUUAGUCUGAUUAAUCUCGUUGAUCACACGGGCCGAGAGUUUGCGUUGGGGGAGUCGUUUCUUCAGCACAUACUUGAGUUGAACGAUGCGGAUAUUCGAUAUUUUUCAUUUGAUUUCCAUGAUCAUUGCCGGGCUCUAAAAUUUGACAAUGUAAGUUCAGUUAAUUUAUUUUUAUGUUGUUUUAGAUAUCAGUUUUGCUAAAUGCGUUGGAGCCGUCAUUGUCAUUGACAGGAUUUUGUUGGAUCGAUAAAUCUGGACAAAUGGUUAGAGAGCAGAAAGGAGUAAUUAGAACGAACUGUGUUGAUUGUUUAGACAGAACUAACGUUGUCCAAGUAAGUUAUUCUUUAUAUAUUUCCAUUUAUUUUUAGAGUGCUAUAUCCCAAAGUGUAGUUGCCUGUCAGGCUUUGAAGUUGGGCCUGAUCGAACCGUUCACGGAUACCCCCGAGAUCCUGGUUCGACUCCUUCAGACACUCUGGGCAGAUCACGGUGAUUUUAUUUCGCGUCAAUAUGCUGGGACGAAUGCGCUUAAAGGGGAUAUAACCAGAGGAGGGCAAAGAAAGCUGGUUGGGCUUGUUAAAGAUGGGUACAACUCGGCCAGUCGAUACUAUCUGAGUCAUGUGAAAGAUGCUCAAAGACAGAGGGCCAUGGAUGCCAUCACUUCGGGGAAUGGAAAGACAAUAUUCUUGGAUAAAAAUGAACCAGAGUUGGGUACCGAAGCCAAAGAAAUGGAGAAGGUGGAGGAGGAACAGGAACAGGAGGAGAUUGAGAACAUAGGGAGAAUGGUCCAUGAAACAGCGCGGUUUGUUUUGCCCGAAAACGAGGUCUUGGUUGGAGGAUGGGCGUUAGUGGAGGCUUCAAGCAGUUCCAACCAGGUGGAUACUGUACUUCUAUUGACAAGGUAGGGGUUUUUUUUGUAAUACACUCUGUUUCAAAAAGAAUGUUGCGCUACGGACACGCUGAAGCAGAAUGUUAUCUGAAUCCGACGUAAAAGUUUUUACAAACGUCUCCAAAUUGCGGUCAUUGGGUCUUUCUGUGCAUAUGGCUUGUUGCGAAACGUAGGGUAGCAUCCAAGGUUGGUCCUGUCGCAGCGGAAUCAUUUUUGGUUGCAAUGUUCACGCAUUUUUUGUUGCGUAUUUGUGAAACAUAACUGGAUGCUGUCCGACAUACGUACGUCGCAUCUACACUGUCUGUUCUCAUGGAUAGGCAGAAUGGAGAGAUAUAUACAUUUCCUAGAAAAUUGCAUGAAAGUCUAGGCAUUUUGCCCUCGAUCAAGUGCAGACACUCGUAUUGCAGUCAUGUUAGUAAGUUCAGGCGCUCUGGGGCCCAUAUUCAUAACAUAAUUUGUUUUUUUCCGGUUAAAACUUGGUUUUGUGGUCGAAAAUUUGGGCUAAUUUUAUAAGUACCCGAAUACUAGUCCUUCCGGAAAGUCGCCUGACUGAUUUUUGACGUUUGCACUGUGCGAAAAAAGUCAGGGUGCGAGCGACAGCCCCAAAAAGCCUAUUGCACUGUGCAAAAAUCCAAAAAUUGCACAGUGCAAAGUGAACUUUCGUUUUCGCGGAGUGCAUGUCGCCGAUUUCCGUCCGGCGACUGUCCGGACGGACUAGUAUACCCGCGUGGUGAAUAUACCCGGAUUUUCCGAACCCUACUUACCAGUUUGAAAAAACUAAAUUUUAAAACAUUGCAAGCAGAGCGGUUGCAAACACAGUCAGACCUUGCAUACUUUUUUUUACCCUAACGCUCCUUCACAUCCUCUUUCUUUUCAUCUAAGUAGAUCAAAGAAUCGUACGACGUCUGUAGCCAAGAUGUUAUGUCUGAGAGUUGUAUCUUUUAUAAACAGUGUAUAUAUUUAGAUCCGAAGUGUUUAUUGCCUGUUAUUCCGAAGAUUCUGAAAAACUCAUCGAAUUGAUCAAAAUCGACUUCCCUGAAAUCAGAUUACUGGAAACUGGCCCCAUCGAUAACACCGACAAGAUACAUCUGAGGAUUCAUUGGAAGUCGGACGGCCAGCAAAUGUCUAAAACAUGGAGAGCGGCCAAUAUCAGACUCUUCAAUAAUGUCGCCAUCCUGAUCAAGGACGAAUCAGAAGGCGACGAAUAUGUUUUAUCCAUUUCUGAGCAGCUGAGGAUUACCUUACAAAUGUGCGGACAUCCAGUUGAACUGAGGAAAGUAUCCAAAUUGGAUUCAAAUGGAAGUCCUUUGGCGUAAGUUUUUAUUCACAACUAUUGUAAGUUCAAUUUACAGGUCUGCUCGUACGAAUAUACUGAAUACUUUGAGCUCCAGGCUCAGAUUGCCGGGUGUUACGAAGAGGUCUACUCCUGGGAAAGAGCUAACUGUCCCUUCGGUAGGGGUUUUUCGUCUUUUAUGCAGAGUAUUGUUACAGCAGAUGCCCCAAUCAAAGUCCGAUGGGCUCCUAUCGAGUUCAGGAUUUAUUGGAAAGCUUCAAGACAAGUUUAAAGCUCCGCUAACAAAGUCUACCAAUCAGGUUUAUGCAAACGAAGUGGCAGUUUUAAGCUUGGAAGUAGGGAAGCCGGAAAGGGAUCCCUUUGAAUCCUACAAAGAUCGAAUUCUUCAGUCAAAUUCUCAGGUUGUGAUGCUCUAA